AUGGAUUCUACAUCUUUAUUACCAACAUUUUUAGAUGUGGAUCUGACAGUUUUACAUAUCGAGUGUCUUCCCAAGGAUGUUCUUGUGAAAUUUCAAGGCAAAAAUAAUAAUGAGUGUCAGUUUGACUAUCACAUAUUGCAGAGGGAAAUACAGUAUAUUCCCAAAGUGAAGAAUACUGUGGGUGUCGAUGAGUUUUGUCUGGUGGAGGAAAAAGUGACUGGAGAAUGGCAGAGAGGAAGGGUUGUGGAGAAGACAAAUGAACUCUACACAGUGUUGCUCAUUGAUCGGGGGGAAAAGCUGAGAGUGGAUGGUACUCGGGUAGCCUCUGCUUGUGAAAAGUUGUUUGAACUCCCUCCCAGAGUUGUAUUUGGAAUUUUUGCCAACAUACUCCCAGUUGGAGAGAAAUGGUCACCCAAGGCUUUGCAUUAUUUCAAGUCACUGGUAGGAAUACAGCUGAAAGUCAACAUGCAAACAGUUUUGCCUCUUCAAAUGAUUCUUCUUGAGUCACCCAAAGUGAUAUCUGAGGUUCUUGAAUUACAAUUAGGAAGAUUUAUUGACAGGGAUACUUUUCGUCUCAUUGUGGAAAUAUUAAAGGAACUCCCCCAGCCAAUGCCAGACUUACUACAACAUAAAAAACUGGAGUCAUCGUUAAGUAGUAAGAGUACUUCACUUGAUGUUCAAUAUAUCCUAGAUAAUUUCCAGCCAUCUUUAUCAGUGGGAAGUCUGGACAGCGUCAAAGUGUCGUCUGCACUGAGCCCUAGCAAAUUUUAUUGUCAACUACUUAAGCAGAUUCCAGAGCUGGAAGACUUGACCGAGUGUAUGAAUUUGCAUUACAACACAGUAGGACAAGAAACCAGCCCCACUUGUGAUAAUUUUGGACUCCUGUGUGUUGCUAAAGGGACAAAUGGACGGUGGCAAAGAGGAAUUCUCCAGCAGCUCUUGCCUGAUAAUCAAGUGAAAAUUUGGUUCAUGGAUUAUGGAAGCAGUGAGUCUAUACCCUCGAUUCACGUGAAGAAACUGAAACAGGAUUUUAUUUUUGCACCACUGUUUUCAUUUCCAUGUUCUCUGACAUACUUACAUUGUCCAGACCCAGGAGUAAGAAGACAACAACUGACUAUAUUUAAGCAAGCCCUGUUAGGACACAUAGUGUAUGCCCACAUAGACUGGUUCAGUGAGGAUGAACGUCUUUAUUAUGUGACUUUAUACUCUCAAGAAUCUGUAAUUAAUUCCAAGUGUCUUCCGAGGACUUUAGAAACACAAAUACUUUGUCCUGCAUUUGAGUCAAACAUUUCCAAUGCCUUGAGUGAGACAGGCGCUUCUGAUACAGGCAGCCUUACAACUGAUGGUUUUAUUGGAAAUUUUGAACAGUCAGUGGGUAGACUAAAUGAAAAAGAUGACCUAAAAGCAGGUUUUCCUAUUAAAAGUGUACAAAUGGAGAUAGAAUCUACCCACAUUGCCUUUGUAGUGAAUGUAUUGAACCCAUCAAAUUUCUGGGUACGCAUUAGUAAGCAUCAGAACAAAUUUGAAGACAUAAUGAAAACUAUAAAUACAUUUUACAAUGCAUCUGAAAAUGAUGAACUAACUCUGAGAAAUCCUGAACCUGGACUGCUCUGUUGUGCCAGAUGUAGCAAGGACAGAUGUUUCUACCGAGCCGUCAUCACUGAAAUGAAUGAUUAUUGGAUUAAUGUUUACCUUCUGGAUUAUGGAAGUACUGACUCCAUUCCAUUUUUUGAUGCAAAAGUUUUGCUUCCAGAACUUUGUGAUUUGCCUCCCUUAGCCAUGCACUGUUCACUUGCACAUAUAUCCCCCGUCACAGAUUUAUGGGUACAGGCAGCAACAGAUUAUUUUAAAAAGAUCGUUCUGAACAAAGCAAUUUUGCUUCAAGUUAGAGCAAAAAAAGGUGACAAGUACAUGGUGAAUAUUCAGAAUAUUGAAGCUCUUGAAAAUAUGGAUGUUGUCUCUCUGAUGCUACAAGCUGGAUAUGCAGAAUCUGCAGAGGCAGCAUCAGAUUUCCCCAGAUCUGCGGGAGACUGUUCAGUGUUACAGUUAAAAUAUGAAGAUACACUUCAUAAUAAAAGUGUUCUGACCUCUGCCCCUGUCAAAAGACCUAAGCCUGAAAAGUCUCAUUCCAAUACACUGAAAGAAAACCUCUCAUCAUUACACAGGGUCAUGGAUCUGAAAAUUUCUUUCAACUUGUGUCUUGAAUCAAGCUCAUCACAUCCUUAUAAGGAAUAUGUAUUCAAGCCAGGAAAACUUCUCGAAGUCAACUGUUCUUAUUGCCAUGGUCCAGGUGACUUCUCAUGCCAGCUUCUGUGUAAGUUAGGAGAUUUGAAAUUACUGAUGGAACAAAUUCAAGAUUAUUACAGCCUCCAUCCAGAACCAUAUCAGACUGGGAAGGUAGCUUGUGUGGCUAAGCAUUCCAGAGAUGGGAAGUGGUACAGGGCUGCCAUCUUGACUCAAGCAUCAGAACAAGAAGUGGAACUAGUAUUUGUUGACUAUGGCAAUCAAGAGCGAGUUUUCAUUAAAGAUCUCUAUGCCAUCAACCCGCAUUUUCUUGCUUUAGAAGCCCAAGCUUUCAGAUGCUGUCUCAACUAUUUAGUUGAGCCCAUUACUUGUAAGCUAUUAGACUGGACAGCAGAAGCCUCCAGAGACUUUGGAAAUUUCAUUUCUUCACAUGGAGGGUUACUAACUUGUAUUGUGUAUGCCUUAGUUCUUAUACACCCUAAAUGUUUGUGUAAUUUAGUGGAUUUACAGUCAUCACGUACCAGCGCAAAUGAAUUUCUCCUUCGUCGUGCCUCCAUCCACUACAAUGUAUUAUCAAGGCCACUCCCAUUUUCAGUUAGUCUUUACAGUUACUAUUACUCUUCCUUUGAUAUAAAGAUUGGAAGUGAAGAAGAUGUGUAUAUAUCUCAUGUGUAUAGUCCCAAAAAGUUCUAUUGUCAGCUUUGUAGAAACAAUAAAGAUUUAGAGAUGUUGGAGACAAGAAUCACAGAGAUGAUUAGCCUCAAAAUGUGUGCAAAGUAUGAUUGGAACAGAAUGAGACUAUGCGUCUCUAAAUACAUAGAGGAUGGGCUCUCAUACAGAGCUUUGGUGAAACCAACAGAGUCAUCAUCUGACCCUCGUGUUUAUUUUGUGGACUAUGGGAAUGAGCAAUUUGUAGAAGAAAAUAUGCUGUGUGCCAUUUCUGAUCAGUUUCCAGAACUGCUUUUUACACCUAUGCAAGCAAUUCAGUGUUUUCUGUCAGAUCUUAGAGAUACAGAUAUUCCAGGAGAAAUCAAUAAGUGGUUUGAAGAUAGUUUCUUAGGGAGGCCCUUAAAAGCAGUGAUACUGUCCAGGGAAUCAGAUGGGCAGCUUGGUAUAGACUUAUAUGAUGGGUAUCAACAUAUAAAUCAGACAAUAAAAUUACUACUUGGUAUUUAUGGAGAAAAACACUCUGAGCAAGCAUGGUGUAUGGGAAAGAAUCCCAGGUUAAAUCAGGCACUCACCACACCUUUGAAAGAAAACCCAGACAGCAACCAUUGCAGCAAAGCAAUAAAUAAAACCAGGCUAGUGAAAUAUUCUGCAAAGAAAACAGAUCAAUUGAUGCACCACCAAAGUAUAUAUGUCAGGAGUUUGAAACCAUCCAUCUGUUAUGGAGCUGAACCCAUGUCAAAAAGCAAAGUGAAGGGGCCCUUUCAGUAUGGACUUAAACAUAAAAAUGGAAAACUCACUCCUGGGUCCGCACACAUUCCUGAAGAAAGUGGCAUGGGCUCCAAAUCACGAGAGACGGUAUCAAAGUUAGUUACCAAAGACUUAAAACAGGCAUCUUUCCAAACCCGGUGCACCCUUCGUAGACCUCUGGUCAUGAAGGUUCCUCAACUCCACAUGGGCUUGAGUAGCCAGGUUAAAGGGUCUGCAUCCACUAACCACCGUCUAGACAAUUUUCACAUUCCACUUAUUGGGAAUGGAAAUAAACCCAAAGGACUCACGGAUGUUCUAAAUGAGAGAACAAAUGGCCAGAAAAAGCAGAACUCCCUGAGCCUUCUGGUGAGAGAUCAUGUAGAAUACCCUAAGAACCGUGCCGUGUCCAGAGACACUACUAAGAAAGUGUUGCCUGAAGGGCCUUUUGAAGUGGAAGUUUUUGAUCAUGGUAAUACUGCCAUAGUAAAUGGCUCUAAAGUUUAUUCAAUUAGCAGGGAACUCUUAACUGUGCCCCAGCUGGGAGUUUAUUAUUUUCUUCAUAGGAUAAAAUGGAGUGGGCCCAUCGAAAUGUAUAAAAGCAAAAUUGCAGAUUAUUUUUCCCCAGGAGUAAUCAACAGAAUAAUUUCUUGUGAAUUUUUGAAGACGCAUGAUGAGAAGUGGGAAGUCAAUAUAACUUGUGGCGAUAAAUGUGUCAUCAAGAAAUUGCUGAGCUGGUCAUCAUGUACUAAACUACAGGAGGGGACAUUGCAGACACCUUGGGUCAUCUCUCACAAAGUUAGUGUCUGUGAAAACAACCACUCAAAGGCAGGAAGAGUAAAUUCACAUGAGGGUCUGGUGAUCUUCAAACCACUCUCCCAACAGCUAGUUGAAAUUCCUUCUGAACUGGUAAGGCAUGGACAGCUUGAAAAAGCCAAAAUGAUUUACAUUUCAGACACUGAAGGAUUUCAUGUGAAGUUACCAAAAAAUCAGAAAACACCAAAUUUAGCACGAUUAAUUCCUAAAGAAGAUUAUUCCUCUGUUUUAUCAAUGGAUAUUAUUAAAAGGCAGUUAGAAUUCUUGUCAGUAUCUAGAAGAAAUUUAAAUUGGUACCAACCCCAAACAGAAGAGCCUUGGGUGGAAGAGAAAGUCCUUGGCUUUUUAGUAAAUCGUGGACAGCAUGAAGUAGUGCCUAUAGGUAAUACCGAGGUAUUUAGUAAACUGAUGAGAAAUAUUCCAAGACAAAGUAUGCCUCAUAAACAGAUUUGGUUUACAGAUUCCAAGAAGACGACCCUUGAGUUCAUUGUGUGUUUAUUUCCUCAUUUGCAAAUGAGCGUCAUUUCUCUGAAAUAUUUAGAUUACGCUUGGGUAGUGGAAAUGUUGGUCAAUAGUGUCUUGCUUUGGGGGUAUUUAAAUGUAUCUACAUCUCUGGUGGAAGAAAACAAACUGCCAUCUUCAGGUACUGUUCUCAGUCUGGAGCCCCAGACUCUUCUGUCACCAUGUGUAAUCUGGCCAUUUGUUUGGGCACCACUCCAAAAUGAUAGGCGGUAUUGUGGCAUCGCCACUGCUGUUGGUGACCCCUCAGACUUCUGUGUGCAGUUAGAGGAUUUCUUUGAUACAAUGAAGUACCUCUUUACCUUGCUUUCUGACAUACCAGAGCCCUUGCAAGUCUUGCCCCCAGAGCGCAUGAUUCCUGGUUUCAGUUGCGUAUUCAAAAAUGAGUUGGAAGGUCAGUGGAACAGAGCAGAAAUUUCUGAAGUUUCAGAUCAAUCUUUACAUCUUGUUUUGAUUGACUAUGAACUUUCUGUUCAUAAAUCUCACUCAGAAGCCACGAAUCUUAAAUCUGUACCUGAGAAAAUUAUGAGUUUGCCAAGGCUGAGCUAUCCAUGCAGCCUGUAUGGUGUCUUACCUGCUUCAGGGAAGUUGUGGAAUAGUGAAGCCAGGCUGGUUUUUCAAGAUUUCCUAUGCAAAUCAGGCUUAGUUUUUCAGUUUAGGGAGUAUGGUCCUGCAGCAGUAUCGGAAGUGGAUGUCAUGUACAAGAGCAACAGUGUAGCAGAUAUGUUAGUGGUGUCUGGUCUUGCCGUGCAUCACAAGGAUUCCGCUGGUCCGGAUGGAAUUACUGCUACUGGAUCUAAACUACAGAGCCAGCCCAUCUACCCACUGUUGGACAAACGCUGGCACAAAAAAGAAAGUUUUAAUUAUAGAAAGGUAAAACAAAAGCUACAGAAGAAACCUUCAAAGAGGAGAAAUGUUUCUAGGCGCCUCCUAAAGAAAAGACAUGUUAGUGAAAAACUACAUUCUGGAAAUUUAAAACUGAGAAGAAAAGUCAUUAUUGGGAAACUUAACUUCCCAAGUACUAUUCUGUUUGAGAUAUGCAUAGCAGCUUUGUCUGGGGGCCUACCUGAUCGUUUGGGAAACAACACAGGCUGUUUUAAAAACAUUUUAUCAACUGCUGGAGUCCAGGAAAAGAGUCACACAGUGGACUCAAAUGCAGUCAGUGUUAAUGAAAAAAUUACAGCAGAACACUUGAAAAAGGAUCAGAGUUUGGAUCCCUGCUCACAGCUGCCUGUAACUACACCUCCAGGGAAUCUGGCACCCUCUUCUGGUCUCUUAGAAGGAGAUGGAACCUCAGAUCACUUAUGCAUCAGUUUGGCAAUGAAUGGUACAUAGGGCUGCAUGUACCUAUUGUCUUGCUUUAGCUGUUCCAGAGCCAAACAAAUCUGGUCCUCAGAAGAAAUGUACUUGAACACGAGGAAGCCCAACCUGCACCUGGAACUGACUUAUUUUUUCUUGAUUAUUAUUUUUUAUUUUUUAUUUUUGGUUUUUCAAGACAGGGUUUCUCUGUAUUGUUUUGGAGCCUGUCCUGGAACUCACUUGAUUGUUUUAGUUCACCAAUUUAUUUAUUUAUUUAGUUUUGGGCCGGAUCUUAUCUAGAUAAUUCAUGCUGGCCUCGAACCUCUAUGUGGACUAGGUUGAUCACAAAAUCUGACCAUCAAUCUCAAUGUUCCUGCCUCUGCCUCCUGAAUGCCCGGAUUACAAAUAUGUGCCACCAUGCUGGGAUAGACUUGAGGCAGUGACACAAGCCAAGACUUUAUCCUAAUGUCAGACUGAAAUGAGACCCCAGACGCCUUUGGGACUGAGUGCAAUAUGGCCUGUUAAAAUGAUGUGGAUGUUUGCUCGGUAGGCAUAUUGUGCCAGAUUGUAUCUUCCAAGGAUUUCCGCGGUCUUCCCUAUCUUAUUUAGCCAAUGUGACCUGUCCACUCCCUAUCAAAAGGCAGAAUGUUGUUUCCUUUCCCUUGGAUCUGGGGAGGUUUAUCACUGCUUGGACCAAUGGUAUAGUAGUAUGAGUAACACCGUGUGACCUGACAAACUUGGGUCAUAAGAGAUAUUGCUUUUGACUUAUUUCUUGGAGAAACCCAACUACCUGAUACAGCCAAACUCUGGAAAACCUAAGUCACAUGGGUACAAGGACUUUGGUCAACAGUACCAGCCUCAGACAGUUGAGUUGCCUUUGUUGAGGUUUUGAGAAUAUUGUGAUAUAUGUCAACUCCAUUCUGCCCAUUUCUAAGAUACAGUAUUGAACUUCCAGAUAUGAAUCUUUGGGGUAGUUUUUUAACCAAGUGGGUGACUGAUAAACCUCCAAUGAUCAUAAGCUCUAUUCUCACAGUACUAUGAAGAGAUCUGGUAAUGAAUAAAAUAUAUUCAGGGAAACAUCUCAGGACAUCAGUUUUAGCUGCCUGGUUGUUGUCCUACUUCACUGUUUAGUUUUGAGAUAGCAAGUCUGGUGUCUAAGCUCCAGAUAGCUGAUUUCCCACUGUGUUUGCACUGGUUUAUUUGUGGUGUUUCAUUUGAUUGGCAUUGCGUUCUUCUACUCAGUUAAAAAAACAACAAAAACUCCUCAAUAAAUGUGAUUGUUUCAAUUUGCCUCCAUAUUUUACACACAGUGUAUGAGAUAAAUGCAUCUUGAUUUAAUGAAACAUGGUUACCUUUUAAAAGACUGUUUCAUGUACUAAAUAAUGUGAAAAAACUAUAGUUACCUCAGUAAACAGAGAAUUAUUACAACUGUUUUGAUGCUUUGCCCGUUAAUAAAACCUAUAGUCUAUUUUUAUGAAAGUUAAUCUGUCUCCUAAUAUUCCAUACAUAUACAUUGAAUAUCACAUGAGCUCCAUAUGCUUUAAGAUAAAGCUUGUGGAUAAAAGUACAAACUUCCACAUAGUUGAUAAGAAUGAGUCUUUAAUUCUGGGGGGAUUUUGCUGACAUCUAGUGGUAUUUGGAUCUACAUGUCAAAAUUUCAUUUAGCUCUCUAUUUGUAAACCUGUUUUGCAUUUUUGUGUGUAUGUGUGGGUGCCCAUGGAGGCCAGAAGAGAGGGAAUUAGAUCCUUUGGAGAUGGAGAUAAGGCAACUGUAAGUGCUGGGAGCUGAACUCAAGUCCCCAGAAAGAGCAGCAAAUGCUCUUAACUGCCAAGCAUCUUCAUGGCUAUAUUUCCUUAAUUUUAUAUAUUUUUAAUUUUAAAUUAAAAGACAUGGUAUGUCUAAAGUGAGGCUCAUCAUACUUUUGAGUAUGUGUAUUGUAGAUAUGUAAUUUGAUAUAAAUGAGUAAAUAUUACCAUCUCCCAUGGGUUUUAUUUUCCUUCAUUUGCUUAGGUACCAACUCCUUUUCUUACUUUUUUGAGGUACAUUAUGACAACAUCUUAGAUUUGUUCCCUGUACAUGUAGCUCAUUCUAUGAGUUAAGACACUCUAUAAAUAUGUAAGGAUAAUGUGCACACUUUACUGUGUUAUAGAAAAAUAAUAUUUUCUGCAUUUUAGUAUAUCUUCUGGAAGUCCUUCUAAGAUAAAUAACAUAUUAGUAGUUAUAAUAUUUAACAUUAUGCAUGUGUUUUAAUUUUGUUUUCAGCACUUUUUCUGAGAGACAUCUAUUGGUUAUCUCUUUGCCACACUGAAAACAGCUGAAGAACACAUCUAUGCAAAUAUUCCCAUAUGAAGGGUAAUUCAUCUCUCCAGAAUAACUUCUUGUCAGAGAAAUUGCAGGGGAAAAAGAAUGUACCCAUUUUAAUGGAUGCUAGCACAUUCCCUUCAAGCACAGCUGAACUGUCCAUAGGUAGAUAUGCAAUCCCAUUUCGUUUGUAACACUAAUGUUUUGUUCCAGCUUGAUUGAGGGAAGUUAGCAAGCAUAGAUCUGUAAUAUGAGCGAUGUGAUGGAUGGAUGUAUACAUCAUGAGUUGAUUAUCCUGCUGAAGUGGAUUAACAUAUUCCCCACUUCCUACAUCAGUAUUAGAUUUUUAAAUCACAAACAUUUUUGCCUAGAUGAGAGGUAUAAAAUGACUAUUUUGAGUUUCCCGAUUGCUGGAGAAUUUUUAGCAACUUAUUCUGUGGGUUUUUAUUUUCGACUCUGAAUGUAUUAUUGUUCAGGUUUUCUAUGAUAUUCAUCAUCCAGUGUACAGAUAUUUUGUGCAAAGUUCUUAAUAAAGGUUCAGAUGGUCCUGUAAUUAAUCGUGCCAAUUUUAAA